UAGCUUCCCUUUUUUUUUUCCCCUUCUUCCUUGCUUUAUAUAAACGCCCGCUUGGAGAGAGACAGGGAGGGGGAGAGAGAGAUGGCGACGGUAAAGCUGAGUGCUCCGGCGAGCCAGUGGGUCGGCGGCAGGAAGUCGUUGGGCCGGGGCCCAUCCGUUCGGCCGUCGUUCCGGCGGGUCUCGGUGCCGGUGGUCAGGGCCGGAUCUUACACCCACGAGCUCGUCCAGACCGCUAAAUCUAUUGCUUCCCCUGGGCAUGGAAUCCUUGCUAUCGAUGAAUCAAAUGCUACAUGUGGGAAGAGGCUUGCUUCAAUUGGUUUGGACAAUACAGAAGCAAAUCGCCAAGCUUACAGACAGCUUUUGCUGACAACUCGUGGUUUAGGUGAAUACAUCUCUGGUGCCAUUCUUUUUGAGGAAACACUUUACCAGUCAACAACAGAUGGAAAGAAGUUUGUUGAUUGUCUGCAUGAAGAGAAAAUUGUCCCUGGUAUUAAAGUUGACAAGGGUCUGGUUCCCUUACCAGGAUCAAAUAAUGAAUCUUGGUGCCAAGGUUUGGAUGGAUUGGCAUCGAGAUGUGCUGAAUAUUACAAGCAAGGGGCACGUUUUGCUAAGUGGCGAACGGUAGUUAGCAUUCCUUCUGGUCCUUCUGCCCUGGCCAUUAAGGAGGCUGCAUGGGGGCUUGCUCGUUAUGCUGCUAUUGCUCAGGACAAUGGACUUGUGCCAAUUGUCGAACCUGAGAUUCUGCUUGAUGGAGACCACCCUAUUGAAAGGACACUUGAAGUAGCAGAGGAUGUCUGGGCAGAAGUAUUCUACUACCUCGCACAAAAUAAUGUGGUGUUUGAGGGCAUCCUUCUGAAACCCAGUAUGGUGACUCCUGGUGCUGAACAUAAGGAUAAGGCAUCUCCAGAAACUAUUGCCAAGUUCACUCUCAAAUUGCUGCACAGAAGGGUACCACCUGCAGUUCCUGGAAUCAUGUUCCUGUCAGGAGGGCAGUCUGAAGUGGAAGCAACAUUAAAUUUGAAUGCUAUGAACCAAGGGCCUAACCCUUGGCAUGUCUCUUUUUCCUAUGCUCGAGCUCUUCAAAAUACGGUAUUGAAGACCUGGCAGGGGCUUCCAGAGAACGUGGAAGCUGCACAGAAAGCACUCUUGGUGCGUGCCAAGGCCAACUCUCUGGCUCAGCUUGGCUGCUACUCUGGCGAGGAUGAGAACGAGGAGGCUAAGAAAGGAAUGUUUGAAAAAGGCUACACCUACUAAAGCAGGUGACCAGCACCCUUCAUGGUUUCAUCUCUCACAAAUCAUAGUCUAGGUGGUUAUUAUGGAGUUUGGAGAGUUGUUUUGAGUAAACUAUUGUUUUGUUAGAUGGGCUAUAAAAUGACCACAAUAAGGACUCGCAGAGUCUGUUGUCUUCACUGGAGCAGUCAACUGCAACAGGACAGAAUAUGACUAUUGGUUUCAUUGAGCAAAAUGUAUUAUGUAACCAUAAAUAUUACUGGUUUGAUCUUCAAGAAUGUUGGAGGAUGUUGAGAACCGAACUGCUCUUAUUUAUAGGAUCAUUUCUUUUGCAUUUAUUCAAA